AUGAAGAAGGAGUUUGAAUGGAACAAAGUGAGUAUUGACAUGUCAGCUGCCUUCAAUACCAUCCGCAGAGGUACAACAAUCAGACUACUAGAAGCUGCAGGAUGCUCCAGAGACGACCUGAGGCUUGUACAAUACCUCAUGGCUAACACCACUCUAGUAGUCAGAGUGUGUUCUACUGACUCAGAGAUGUUCUCUUUCAACAUAGGAGCCUCCCAAGGAGACAGCACAGCUGGUAAAUUGUUUACCCUCAAUCUAGCUGGAGCUGUAGUGCACAUAAGAGCAGUCCUCUCCUCAACCCCCAACCCUCCGAUAGCUGAUAACCACAUGCCUCUUGAGUCCGGCUAUUCAGACGAUGUAGAGGAGAUUGGUGAAGAUAUGGAGGAGUUACAGGAUAUCUUUCAGAUCUCCAAGAAUAUUCUCAGUGAAUGGAGUCUCUUUGUCAAUGACACAAAGACAAAGUUUACCAGAGUGUAUUUAGAAGAAGUUGGUGCAUGUGACGAGUGGGAUAAUGAACUAAGAGGAAAAGAGGAGUGGAGAAACGAGACGCUUCUUGGUACUAAGCUUCGAUCAGAGCAGGAUGUUACUAAUAGAAUGAAUAAAGCUAACACCGCCUUCUGGUAA